AUGCACCUAGUCGUGUGCUCCACGGCAAAGCAAAUGCCGUUACCUGGCAAAUUGCCCAAGUGCCUCCGGACACCUCCAAUCGGCCGCCAAGAUCAGCACCUGCCGGAAGAAGUCCAGCCUGGCGGUGGGAGGAAUGCUACAAAUAUCCCAGAGAGGAAGCCAGAAAAAAAUCCUUCGACACCGACGUCGAAAAGUAAGUACUCCCCUCCAACGGACUUCAAACAAGCAACGAAGGAUUUCAAGAACGGAGAUAUGGAGGCCAACAAAUAUCUUCCGAUUAUACGGGUGAGGUUGCUCUGGGUAAAGGCGGCUUUCGGAAAGAAAGAGCUCGCGAAGAUGUGGCCUAAACUGCUCCCGAGGCUGCCUCCGGAGAAGGCUCGGGAGCUAGCUGAGGCGGCCGGAUUGGAUUUCGAGGCCCUCAGCGAGUCGGCGACGAGCCCGGCCCCGCGGCAGGUUGGGCUGAAAGACGCCACUGCGUCUUACAAGAGGGGUGACAUGGGCGCGAGGGAGUACUACGAGAACGUGCUGCUUGAGGUGUUUGGGGACAAGCUCGCUGGGAUGCUGCCCGACAUUCUCAAAGCCCUCCCGCCAGACCGUGCUGAAGCUCUGGCGGCCGUCGCGAAGGCGGACGACGUGCGGCGACUAGCCGAGGACACACCCCACGAAUGGGCGAUGAGUCUUGACGACCGACGGGUUUACGACAAGGCCUUCGUGAAGCUGGAUAAAGACCGUGAUGGGUUUCUGUCUAGCGCGGAGGCGAGGCCAGUCCUCAAGAAGGCUGUCGGAAACCAUCUCGGGGAGGCUCAGCUGGGAGACCUGUGGAAGAUGGCUGACAUCGAUCGGGAUGGCCGACUUACUAGGGAGGAGGUGAGGACUGCCCGCGUCGAUUCGUAG